ACCUUCAGCAGCUCAAGAGAAGUGAGCAGAAUAGUUGGAAAAUUGUUGAAGCAAAGAAAAUGAACAGCCAAAUUCUCCUCACCAGCCUGACCCUGUUUGUACUCUAUGUGGCAUCUACACAAGCUGCAUCUAUUGGAAAUUCAAAAGUGAGUCUUCGCUGCCAGUGCAUCAAUACACACUCCAAAUUCAUCCAUCCCAGGCGCAUGGAGAAUCUUAAAAUUAUUCCAAGUGGUCCACACUGCUCACAAGUUGAAAUCAUUGCAAUCCUUAAAAAUGGUUCCUUGGUGUGUUUGAAUCCUCAAGCUGUUUGGGUGAAAAAAAUCAUUGCCAUGAUGACCAAUAGUUCUUAGACGACUAAUGAAGCUCGCUCUUCAAAGAUCAAAGGCUGAAUGUCAAGUGUGUUAUGCUCAUUCGAAGUCGAGAUUCUGGACCAGCUCAGGAAUGUACUUUUAUACUCAGGCCUGUCACGGAUUUACAUCGGCCUGUGAAAGAAUGGCUCGUUUAAAACAGUGUUCAUCUUUUUCUUACUAAUUAGGACACUCAGACUAUCUACACCAUUUGUUUGCUAUCUCUAAUCUGAGGUUUUGUAACUUAAUAUGUAUUUAUGUAUUAAAUUAUUUGAGACAUUGACUGCUUGAAAACUGAAAGUGGCACCUUGUAAAGGAUCUGUAGUGCGAAAUUAGUUGGAAAUGGAUUAACUGUGGAAAAACAAUGUGGUUUCUCCAUGAGUGUGAUAAUCCCUGCUUACGUGUUGGCAAGAGAUGAAUGAAAACUCAGGACACAGGUGUUCCCUUUGUUGAGGUUUCAUUUGUCCAUGUAGUGGCAUCCAGAGCUUACACAUGGACUAUGCCGUUAAAUACCUGGAGUAUUUUUUAUUCUGUUAUCGCACUGGCAGUUGCUAAAUGUCAAGUUAUGGUUCUGCAGAAUUUGGCAGAAAAGGAAUUGUAAAUUCAGCAAAGGACCAUGCCAGUAACGGCAUUGAUUUUUAUUGUAAUUUGUUCCACUUGCACUUAAUUUAUUUGCCCUUAAUAUUUAUAAAACGCCUUAAUUAUGUGUAUUUAUGUCUUCCUGUGAAAGUAAUUAAUUGUUUUGAUGUUAUUUAAAUCUGUAUUUGUGCAAUUGAUCUGUAACUUUCUUUUGUGGUAAAUGAGUAUUGUGAAAUAUUGGAGCCAAAAACAAACUGCUGGAGGAACUGAGAGGAUCAGGCAGCAGGAGGGUGGUCAAUGUUUUCUAUCCAAGCUCCACAUCAGGAUUGGAGCAGGGUCUUGACCCCAGGAGUCAACCAUCCCUUUGCUCCACACAUUCUGUCUGGCCUUUUAAACUCCUCCGGCAGUUCUUUUAUUCUAGAUUAAAGUAACUGCUGUCUCUUGUGUGUCUAUUGUGAAAUAUUUGUAUUUGGAUAAAUGAAGAAUUAUUUUCUAUCUUUAUUAAAAA